AUGUCUAGGCACAGAAAGAAACAAAGCAUAUUUAGUUUUAGUGAUGAUGAAGAUGAUAAUGAACAACAACAACAGCAAAUUACUAUAAAGCCUUUACCAAAUCAUGCGGUUGAACGAUCUGAAUUAGUAGCUGAUGACUUUGACCCUGACACGUUUCUGUCAAGCAAAAGACAUUUAGGCUUGGAACGAAUGAAAGUCGAGUUAAAUGCUCAUUUGAAACAACUAAAGUCAGAACUCGUUGAACUGAUCAAUAGAGAUUAUCAAGACUUUAUUAAUCUUUCAAUAAACUUAAGUGGAGUAGACAAAGAUAUAGAAGAAUUAGCACAGCCUUUGAAUACAAUUGAGCAUCAAGUGAAAGAAGCACAGGACCACUUCCAGAAUGUAAUUGAAUCCUUGCAGGAACAGCUUCAAUACCGAGCACAACUGAGAAAUAAAAAGGCUACUCUAAAAUUACUGUUAAACAUACAUGAGUCAAUUAGCAAAGUGGAAUAUCUACUAGAUAUUAACGCAGAGAUUGCAAAGGAUAAAUAUAAACUAGAAAACCAGCUUGCUGGAGAUGAUAGUUUAGGCAAACAGAUAGAAAGAGCAGCUAUAGAAUAUAAUCAAAUGCAACAUCUAGUUGGUAGAGGCAAAGAUCUUGCUUUCAUUAAAGAGAACAGCUGGAGAAUCACGCGUAUCAAAGACACACUAGAGCAAAAGCUGUCAAAGGCACUACAUACUGCUUUAUUACAGGUUCGCGCAGGAGAACUAACAAGAUCAACAAAGCAAUCACUCGUUCAGUGUUUAAGAACAUAUGCCUUGAUAGAUCAAACUGAAGUAGCUGAAAAGAUCAUUAAGGAGCAAUUUGUGAGAUGGUACCUUGAAAAAAUCAUCCAUUCUAAGAUCUUACAGAACAACAAGACAUCAAAAGAAGACCCCCUGACUGAUAUGUAUAAAAAGAUCCUUUCGUUUGCCUCUAAGGAUCUUCAACCUAUUCUAGACAUCACCCAAAAAACUUUGAAAGGAUCCAACUAUGAAGUAUUAGUCAAUUCGUUAUGGGCAGAGAUAACAGAAGAGAUUAGUAAAAAAUGUCGAGCGAUAUUUGCCCCUGGCCAGAUGACGGUAUUUCACAAGAACUAUACAGCCACGAUAUCAUUUAUUUCCAGCUUUGAAGGUUUAUGCCAAUCAAGGCGAUCCAUGGUUUAUCUUCGUCAUCAUCCCACUUAUAUCGACUUUAUGAAAAAAUGGCAAUUGCCAGUCUAUUUUCAAUUAAAGUUACGUGAAAUCGUAGUUCGUGUGGAAGAUGUUCUGAAUGAUAAUACACAAUCCAUGAAUAAGGGUGAAGAUACCAGACUGGAAGGAACAAGAGUUAUUAUGAGUGCAAUUCAGGAAUGUUGGUCUGAUCAAGUUUAUCUUUAUGGCUUAUCCCAUCGUUUCUGGAAACUAACGCUUCAGUUAAUUAAAAGAUAUACUCUAUGGGUUACUGACAUACUUCAGACUGCAAACAGUAAUGUGAAAGCAAUGUUAUACAACGAUAUACAAUAUGUAAUGAAAUCUAUGCAAACCGACACAAGAAAGCUUAUCUUGCUCAAGCUGCCUAUAAAUGUACAAGAGCAGCCUUUAAUUAAAGAGAGCUUGCAAGAAGCUUUGGAUCAACUGAAGCUUGUUUUAAAAAAAUAA